AGACGUUCGUAGUAAUUCGAACGUGUGUCAUACGUUAUAUUAUAUUACGAUGUGAAUGUUUUUGCUCAUUCGACAGGCGACGAGAUUCUAGGUAUUGCCCGCAGCUGCGUUGAAAUUUAAAACCCUGCGGCGGCUGCAAAAAUUAUACAAGUGGGUGGGGAUAUUAUAUACGUGAAAAAGUCGAACGUGAUAGAACUUGUUUUGAUUAUCAUCUUAUCACUGGCUCGGUGUGCUUUGUUGUGCUUAGUGCGCGAUCGUGGCUAGGUCGCGGAUUUUUUGAAAUUGAUUAUAAAAUCUCUCGUCGAAAUAAUAUUCCUGCUGCAGCCGAAUCAGGAGAUAAAUCGGAGCGGUUUGGGCGCAUAAAUUCGCCGACAUCCCUAACCUUCUAUAUUUUGCUAAAUUAACGAACCUCGCGCAAUACGUUAUCCUGAUUUUCGGAGUGUGUUUGUUGUCGUUCGUCCAUCUCCUGUCGUUGUUUGCUGUGCGCGAGGAAGAUGUCCAAAGUCAAGGACCUCGAGAUUCGAGGCAUCAGAAAUUUCGGCGAUGAGACGUCGAAAAAUCGCAUCCACUUCUCGACGCCGCUCACCCUGAUCCUCGGCCCGAACGGCACCGGCAAAACGACCAUCAUCGAGGCCCUCAAGUAUGUCACCUCCGGGGAAUAUCCGCCGGACUCGGAACGCGGCAAGGCCUUCGUUCACGAGCCCAAGCUGACCUCGACUCACUCGGUACGCGGUCAAGUUAAAGCCAAAAUCAUUGACAAGCAUGGCAAUGAAAUAAUUGUUGUCAGGACGUGUCAAGUGUCAAGAAUAAAAAGUGGCACCUUAAAAUUUCAAGCGCUGGACAACACAUUAAAACGGUUCAAUCCAAAAACUCAACAGGAAGCUACUAUAACUAGCAGAUGCGCAGAUAUCGACAGAGAAAUGCUGAAUGCUAUGGGUGUUUCCAAACCAAUCCUCAACUAUGUCAUAUUUUGCCAUCAGGAAGAAUCAAAUUGGCCACUCGAAGAUGGUAAAAAAUUGAAGGAGAGAUUCGAUGAAAUUUUUGAUACUUCUAAAUACAAUAAGGCAAUGGAAGCUGCUACAAAAUUAAUUAAGGAUUCAACUGGCAAGCUAAAUACAUUGAGAGAAAGAGAAAAGGGUUUAGCUAAAAUUGUUGAAGAAGUCAAAGAUAAAGAAGAACAUUUGAGAAAUUGUCAAACGAGAGAGGAAGAGGCAACGCAAAAAAUAAAAGAUAUUGAAGACAAAAUCAAACCUAUCGAUGAGCAAAUGAUUGAUUUUCUUGAUGUUCAAAAAGAACAUAAAAAAAUAGAAGAAAAAUUAAGAAUGGUUGAAAGUAAUUACAAAAUGUCCAAAAAUUAUAUUGAGAACUUAAAACAACAUAUUAAACAUAUACAUAAAGGAACCCUAGAGGAAUUAAUUUCAAAAAUUGAAACGUUUGAUACAAAUCUUACUCAGAAAAAGGAUGAACAGAACAUAUAUAUUGAGGAACUUGAAACUUUGGAUCGAAAUGAACGCAAAAUAAAAAAUAAGCUUGAUGAUGCUAGAACUCAAUUAGGUGCCUUAAAACAAAAGCAAAUAGAAUAUCAUGAAAAAGUUGGUAAAAGAAAUGAAUUGUUAUCCAAAGCUCUGGAUACUUGGGAAAUAACACAUGAUUCAGAAUUCUCUGAAACAGAGGUAACAAGUAAUAUGAAUCUUAUAAAAAACAAAUUGGAUGAAUUCAAAUUAUCCAUGAAGGAUAAACUUAAAGAAAAUGAACAAGAAGAGAGAUAUUUGCAAAGUGUAGUUGAUGAGUCAAGAGCUCAUAAAACAGGAAUUGAGUCUGAAAUAUCAUUAAAGCAGAAAGAAAAAGAAGAAAUUAAACACGAAAUCAAUGAAUGUAGAAAAAAGAUUAAAGAGACAGGUGAAGCUGGGACUAAAUUAAGUAUAUUUGAGUCUAAUUUGCAAACUGCCACACAGCAGUAUGAGAAUUUGUUAAAAGAUUUCAAUGAGGAAUCUUUAAAAGAAGAGUUACAAAAGUACAACAAACAAAGAAAAGAAUAUGACAGUCGCAUUACACUAUUAGAUCAAGAAAUUAAUUCUUUACAUAAAUUAAGUUCAAUGCAAGCAGAAUUGGAAUUACAUCAGAAUCAAUUGAAAGAUAAGGAAGUUGAAAUUUCAGCUCUGAAAAAAAAACAUUCCAAUAACCUGAUGGUAUUUUUUGGAUCUGAAACAGUUCCAGAAAAACAAUUAAAAAAGCACAUUGAAAAAAUACAUUCUUCUUUGUUAAAAGAAAAAAAUGAAUUAUCAAAAGAGAUUGAUAAUAAACAGCAAAAACUGACAAGUUUAAUUACUACACAAAAGCAUAAAGAUGCUGAAUUGGAAAAGGCCAUUUCUGAACUCAACGAAAAUGAGAUGAAAGUUUCAGAAAAGUGUGAUGGACAAGAUUAUGAUGAAAUUUUAUUACUUCAAGAAAGAAAAGUAAAAUCUCUUCAAGACCAAAGAGGCAUUUACGCAAAUCAAAAAUUAAUGUAUGAAGAAUUUUUGAAGAAAAUGAAGAAAAAAACAUGUUGUCCACUGUGUGAUAGAGGGUUGGGCAGUGCAGAAGAAAAACAAUUGGAACAAAAAAUGCUUGCAGAAAUCAAAAAAAGUCCUCAGAGCUUGAAGCAAUGUGAAGCUGAAUUAAAACAAGAACAAGCUCAUUAUGAUGCUUUACAACAACUCAAACCAGUAACGGAAGAAAUUAAUAAAAUGCAAAGAAUUAAAAUUCCACAAAUGAGAUCUCAAUUAAGUAAAACAAAGAGCGAAAUUCAGAAAUUAGACUCAGAUCUUGAAAAUUUGAAAAUUUUGAUAUCAGAACCAGAAAAUAAACUAGAGGUCUAUAAAAGCAUGUACAGUGAUGUAACAUUAUUAGAUAAUCAUCUUGCUGAACUGGAUAAAUUAAACAGUCUUAUUGAUGAAAAAAAAGAUUCAAUGUCAAAAGCAGGUAAAAUUGGUGAUAGAAGUAUGCAAGAAGUUCAGAACGAGCGUCAAGCUUUAAAGAAAAGGUUUAGCACUGUGGAAACAAAAGCUGAGGAAAUCCAGUCCAAAAUACAAAUUGGUCAAGAGAAAGUUCAAAAGGCUAGGGAGCAAAAAAAUAAGCUCAAUGAAGAAAUCAUCAGAGUAAAACAAGAUAUGCAAGCGCUCAAUCAAAUAAAAGCAAAAGUUAAAGAUUUAUACACUAAAGAAACAUCUCUUGAAGAAUCUUUAAAAGUGUUGCGAUCAAAUUUUGUCAAAGCUGAAGAAGAUUUGUCACUGAAAGUUGAUGAAUUAUCUAGUUUAAAGAAAAAAAAUCGGGAAGAGCAAGAUAAAGAUAUGAAUUUUAAAUCAACAAUCAACACGGUUUAUCACGAGUUAGAAAUUGUUCAAGAAGAAGUAAAAAAAUUUAUAAAAAACAAAGUAGAAGAAAGUUUAGAAAAUGUUGAAUCUAUUGUUAAAAAAUUGUCAACUGAAUCGGAAAAACUGAAAGAAUCUCGAGAAAGUUUAGAAGAAAAGGUCAGGUUUUUGAAGGAAUUGUGUAUGUCUGAAGAAUCUGGUAAAAGAGAUCUUGAAAAUAAUUUAGAUCUUUUGAAAAAACAAGAAAAAAUGGAAGAAUUGAAAAAAGAUUACAAUGAACUUCAAGAUGAAUUGGAAGAAUUGAAAUAUGAGCAACGCAAGAAAAAGUAUAAUGCUUUGUAUGAAGAAAAAGAAAUUUUGGAAAAAGAGAUAAGUACUAAACAAGGAUCUUUAAUAGAAUUGGAUAAAACUAUCAAGGAAAUAAAAAGAUCACUGAAUAAAGAGGACUAUAGAAUGGCACGAAAAAAUUAUAAAGCGUUGACUUUAGAAUUACAAGUACGAGAAGAAGCUAUUGCGAAUUUAAAAAGUUUCACUCAGGUCUUGGACGGAGCCAUGAUCAAAUUUCACGAGGAACGAAUGGCUACUGUUAAUACAAUGAUGAAAAAACUCUGGACUCAUGUUUACGGUGGAAACGAUACCACAUCCAUUCAAAUUCGCGUUCAAAAAACCGAGGGAAUCGGCGACAAGAAGAGAUCUUAUAAUUACAAGUUGGUCCAAAUUAAGCACUCGAAAGAAAUGGACAUGAAAGGAAAGUGCAGUGCCGGUCAGAAAGUUUUGGCGUCGAUUAUCAUUCGUAUGGCCCUGGCGGAAACGUUUUGCGCUGAAUGCUCUGUCUUGGCGUUGGACGAACCCACAACAAAUCUUGAUGAUGAGAAUGCCACAAACUUGGCCGUGACAUUAUCCAAAGUUAUUCAACAUCGCGCUCAACAUUCCAAAAAUUUCCAGCUUAUAGUUAUUAGUCACGAUGAAAAAUUCAUCGGCCAUUUGUCGAAUUUGAGUGGAAAGCAAAUGUUCCAUGAACUCUACCGCAAUAUCGAUGGUUACAGUCUUGUACGUCGCAGAGAUAUGACUGAUUUCAGACAACAUUCUCAAACUCAAGCGAGUGCUACCUACGGAGGUGACCCCGAUUUCACCGAAGACGAAGAAGAUGACAAUCAAGAGCCAAAUACCAUCAAAAAAGAAAUUAUGAUAAAUUCAGACGAAGAGGACAUCAAUGCAAAACUCAUGAGUAAUAGAGCUAGAGUCGCGGCAGCGCCAGCCAAAAAAGCACCCGCUCGACAACCAGUUGCUAAGAAGGCGCCUGCAAGAACGACGGCAGCGGCGAAAAAACAACCUGCCAAAACAAUGCCCACGAGACAAUUGGAUAUAUCGUCGUUCAGAAGACCAUCAACUCAAUCUCAAGUGCCUACGCAAAUUAGCGAUGACGACGACGACGACGACGAUUCGCCGCCGAGAGCAGGAGUCAGUAGGCAAGUUCGACGUCCUACUCAAUGUUUGCCCGACUCCGAAGAGCAGAUGAGUGCGAAGAGCAGCAAACAAAUAACGAGAAAACGAAGUGUAAUCGACGAUUCUCCGCCGAGAAAAACCGGCAAACAGGUGAAGAAGCACGCCCUCGAUUUGCUCGACGAUUCUCCACCCAGGUCGACCAGACAGUCGAAAAAACGCGAAUUCACGCGCUUGGAUGAUUCUCCACCGACCCAGAGGCAAACUUUGGACGAUCUCGACGAUUCUCCGCCAAAAGCUCAAUCGAGAAAGCGUAAUCUCGACCUGGAUUCUCCGCCGAGCAGCUCCCACAAGAAGCGAGCUUUCUUCUAAUAAUCAAACUUUAAUCGCUAUACGUUAUUAAAUCAUCGUGUUAUAAGAUGAUAGUUUAAAAUAUGCUGAGCAUAUUGUUUCACAGAUAUAAUUAAUGUUUGCAUUAAGUAUUAAGCACUAGUAUUUUUUUCUCUCAUACAAAGAUUAACGUCACUGCGUAACUGCUAAGUGAAGUGUGCUUACUUACAAGCGCGUUGUGAUUAAUUGUUGAAAAGUUUCAUACCUUAACGUGGAUUCGUAUCAUUUUAAUAGCUUUUAUCUCAAUUAAGUGUGCUCGUUUUGUUGAAAUUAUUUUUGUACGCCACCUUCGUGAAAUACACUUUCAAAUAAAAUGUAUUUUUUUUUACUUCUGCAA